CGACACACAGGACACAAGAGGAAGAAGAUUAUAAACAACAACACGAGGGAGGCGCUGUACGUGGAAAGGCAGAACCCGAACUCUACACCGUCACCACACCACCACAGGCUCCAUGGCGUCAGCAGCCCCACCAGUAGAGCAGAAAGAGGCACCCAGCAAGCCUCGAGUGUGUGAAGAGUGCGGGGAUGAGGCCAAGUACACGUGCCCGGGGUGUGGGCGCAGGACGUGCUCGCUGGGCUGCGUCAGGGAGCACAAGGCAGUCAGCGGGUGUUCAGGGCUGCGAAAUAGAACAAAGCUGGUGUUCAAGGAGAACAUGGACAAUCUCACCUUGCUUAGUGACUACAGACUUCUUGAGGAAAUUGACAACAGGCUGGAAGACAACCUGAGGAACCGUCUAUUGCGCAGUGCAAAAAGACCCCCUGAUGACCGGCUGUCAGUGCCGCCACACCUGCAGCAGUUGAGAAUUCAGGCAGCACAGCGUGGCACCACACUCAAGUUCAUUCCCAGCUUCUUCUCAAGCCACAGGGAGAACACCACUCGCUAUCACUUCAGGGAGGGACUUAUAAGAUGGCACAUCAAGUGGGUCUUUCACCAGGCUGACGUUGUUCUCAUUGACCGCAGUGUGGAUGAAAACACCCUCAUCUGUACACUUCUGGCCAAAUACAUGAACCCAACUAAGAAUGAACUAAGUGCUGAAGACAAUGAAAAACUUGCCUACUACCACUCAGCCUCCUAUAGCCGAGUGAGUGUGUUGAUGAAAAUUAACACUCCUGAGUCUGGAGUGGUUUUCCAUGAGAUUGAGCCUCUUAAAACUCUUCGUGUUAAUUUUGCAAAUAAGGUGAUCGUAGAGUAUCCGGUGCUGUAUGUUGUGUUGAAGGACCAUCUCUUCUCCUACCUGGACUACCAGGGUGAAGAUGAAGGCCAUGAUGACCUGUUCUCAGGAACUGAAGGGAAGGAGGAACAAGUGAAGGAUGCGCUGAAAUUCUUUGAUGCAGACAGUGAUGUGGAGCCUGAGUGAAACUUGAGUUACCAACAAUAAAAGUAUAUCAUCAAAAUGUUGAGUGUUUUCUUUGAGAGAACUUCAAAAUAUGAAAUGGAAAUUUAAUAGAAAUGCUUGAAUGAAUGCAAAUGAAAUGAUCAAAUAUAAAUUUAUCCUUUAGUCUUAAAUAUAUAUUGUUAAACAUCUGUCAUAAUGAGUGUCACUAAUACAUAUGUAAUUUCUGUAUCAUUUCAGUCCUUGUAAAUGUUUUGAUUGUGUUGUGUUUGGUCUAAGGUUCUUGCUAAUUUUCUGUGUCCCAGUUGUUGAAAUUCAGUUAAGGUGUUGUGGUGUCUUGGGAGAUAAAUGGUUUUAGUAGUGACAAACUUGGGCAGAGUUGGAGCCUUCACUUGUCUCAUUGGUGUGGCAGUUCUAUGUGCUGCUUGCUCCUGUAAAGCUUUCUAAAUGAG